GCGUGCCCCGACUCUCAUUGAGAGUCAGUCAGUCAGUCAGUCAGUCCACCGGAGCGACGCGGUUCGCGCGCAUCGUUACACAUCGCCGCUUGCGCCGUUCGCAAGCGAGAGAGGAAAGUUCGCGCGCCUCUCUCAUUCCUUUUUUCAUCCCUUUUUCACCCGCUUUCUUUCUCUCCUUCUCGCUCUUUCUCUUUCUGUUUUACCGAUCGAGGGGGUAGACAACCGUGCGUUGAAAUCACCGCGGGAUCACCGGUAUCUCCGCCGCGCGAUCGUGUCCCGUGCGCGCGCUCCGUGAAAUCUCAAAUCCUCCGAUUUCACGCGUCGGAUCGCCAACGGCACGCCGCACGCACGCCGGCACGUUGAAUUAUAUAGGAAGGCCGAGGCGGCCAGGAACGUUUUACGUUGCUCGUUAACUGCCAGUGCACGCACGGCGGUUGCCGGGGAAGGUCGAAGGGACGGGCUUCCUCACACCGGUGUGCGUGUAACACCUGGUAGCGGCGACGGCGACGACGACGACGACGAGGAGGACGAGGAGGACGACAACGACGACGACGACAGCGGCUGCGGCGACGGUACUGACCGGGACGUCGCGGUCGCGGGCAAUUAUGCGAUCGGCUGCGGCCGUCCUGGCCGCGGCGGCGAUGUUGGCCCUGGCCCUUCUCCUGGACGUCGCCGGCGUGGCCCUUGCCCGGCACCAACAUCGCUCUGGGAAUUCCGGCCACAAACCGUCCGGUGACAUCUCCCUCUGGAUCGAUCAGCAGCAAAUUAAGAUGUUCAGCGGGCUUGCAAUGGAAAUAUACGCGAUUGCGGAAGGCCGAGUACUCGCUUAUCUUUUAGAUCCGGAGUUUGAGAAUAAACUGCCGAUUAUCCCAAGCGAGGUGUCGCACGUGAAUUUCACGUGGAAGUCAGGAGUAAAAAAAUACUAUUACAAUUUUUUUCGUUUAAAGUCGUACGACGAGAGCAUCUUGAAAACUCCAUCGAUCACGAUCAAAAAGCAAGGACGAGUGCCUAAGAGACCGAAAGAUUUCAGCAUUCUUCUACCUUGCGCCGGCAAUUCGGGCAUAGCGCAAUUCGGGAUCAGUUUGAUGAUCGAAACCCUGAAAGGAAAACCUCUAAACGGGACGCCCCUCCGUCUCAGUUUAAGAAAAGAAUGCACCGUGCGCGAACCUAAUCCUGGUCCCUGCCCAGAUGGUUAUCUAGGUCCUAAUUGUAAAACAGCGCUUUGCUAUCCGAAUUGCAUGAAUGGCGGUAACUGUACGGCGCCAGGCGUGUGUUCAUGCCCGCCAGGAUAUCAGGGUCCUUACUGCGAAGGAGGUAUCUGCACAGAAAAAUGUUUGAACGGAGGAAAGUGUAUUCAGAAGGAUGUCUGUGAAUGUCCAAAAGGCUAUUUCGGCUUGCGCUGCGAAUUUUCCAAAUGCGUUAUUCCUUGUCUCAAUGGAGGCAAAUGCAAGGGCACUAACAUCUGCAGAUGUUCAAACGAAUAUAAAGGCAAUCACUGCGAAAUUGCAACCACACAUAUAACGUCACAACGUUCAACAUGUAGCAAGCCGUGUAAACAUGGAACCUGUCAAUCAAACGACACAUGUCUCUGUGAAGCUGGCUGGUACGGAAAGUUUUGUCACAAAAGCAAGCCAUGGGCUUAGAGACUAAUGGAAUAUCUUCAACGUUAUUAUUAUUCGUACCAAUUGAAUCCUUUAAAAAGCGACGUUAUUCUAAAAUUCACUAGAUGGAAUUUACGGCAGAUUGUGUUUACAUAUAUAUCCUGAAUUGUA